AUGAAACAAAGAACUAUAAUUCUAGAAAGAAUUGAUCAGCAACUGAUACAUCAAAUGCAAUUUGAAAAUAAUUAUUGGAAGACAAUUCUAAAGCGUAUAGUUGCUGUUAAGGUGCUAUCAUCAAGAGGUUUGCCUUUCAGAGGUGAAACAACUCAGAUUGGUUGCUCAAAUAAUGGAAAUUUUUUGAUGGCAAUUGAAUUGAUUGCUGAAUUUGAUGUGGUUCUUUCAGAACAUAUUCAAAAAUACGGUAAUCUUGGAAAAUGUCAUACAUCUUAUUUGUCAUUCCAUACAUAUGAACAAUUCAUUUUAUUAAUGGCAGAUAAUGUAGUAAAUAAUAUUAUUCGAGAAGUAAAUGAAGCACGCUACUUCUCAAUUUCAAUUGAUUCUACACCAGACAUUUCACAUACUGACCAACUAUCAUUUAUAAUUCAUUGUGUAAAUGUACACGGUGAACCAGUUGAACGCUUUUUGUGUUUCAUUAAUAACAUUGGACAUAAAUCUCAAGAAAUGAUGGAGGCAGUUAUUCAUAUAUUCAAAAAAUACAAUUUAAACACAAAUUACCUAAGGGGCCAGUCUUAUGAUAAUACACCGUUGGAAAAUUUUAAAUGUGUUACUCAAAAGUCUUACCGAAACUUGAUGAGAGAUAUAUUAGAACGGUUUAAUGCAUGUAGUAAGAAACUACAGUCUAUUCAAAUUGAUUUGGGUAUUGUGGUAGAAAUUUACCAGUUAUUGAUAGGUUUUGUACAUGAUGUUCGGUGUGAUGACAUGUUUAAUGAUUACAAAACUCAAGCAAUUGAAAAAUGUGGCAUUUCAAGUUUAAAAUACAAAUACUAA